GCCACUUGAUUUUUUUUUUCUUUGCUUUGGGUCUGGGAGCGAAAAAAUGAGACCAAUGAGAGACAAAAACAACACAACAACACCCCUUUGACAAUUUUCACUGCCUCGUCCUUUCUCUUUCUUUUAGGCAGCCUCUGUGUCUCUGUAGCGACGAUUAAAGUGGGUACAUGUGCCAACAGUUUUUUGUUUGUUUUUCAUGUGUGUCAUGUCAUGUGUGAGUCCGUGUCUGCACUCUACUCACCAACUCUUUCCAUUUUCCAACCCCCGAAUCCAAGGCCUCCUUAGAUUCCUUACAGAGUAGAGUCAACAACAUAUAGCUAUGUCUUGUUUCAUUUUUCUUUCUCUGAUAUGAAUAACAAAGAGUGUUAUGUUUUUUUUCAGUAAUUGAAAAAGAAAAUAAAAAAAUGAUCCUUUUGUUUUUUUCACGGUUUGUUUUGUGAGAUUGAAAGGGAAAGGCUGUGUGAGGUGAGGUGUGUCAUCCACAUAUGAGAGUUUUAAGUGUCAACCAUCUAACUCCAACGAAAGAAGCUUCCUACCAUACUUCCUACUGUUCAGCUCUCUUCGCUUUUUUCCUAUCCACCCAUCACUCGUAUUAAUUCAAAACACCCUCCAAUCCAACCCCAUCUCCAUCCCUCUUUCUCUUUUGUCUUCCAUUCUGCAACACACUCCCUUUGUUUCUCACUACUCUACCAAACACUCUUUUCAACUUCUACCAGGUACCCUUUACUUCUUGCUUGCUCGUUCUUUUUUUCAUCUGAUUGAACCUUUCAAUUGUGUCCUAGCCACUUGUUUUACCAGUCUUUCUCUGAACGUGUUUAAUUUCAUCUCUUUUUUUAGACUCUUUUUGUCUGUUUUUUGUUUUAAGGAUUGUUUGAAUGGGCAGACAUCUUAGUAUGCAAUGAGAGUCUUUUAACUAUUUAUUAGCUCGACAGUGUUGCAAUGUAGGAGAGGGGUUGGGGAACAAAGGGUCGUGAUGUUCUUGACUUUUGGCGUUGUAGAUUCCAUUUGGAUUAUUAACUAAUUCAAGGCCGCUCUUGUUAUAUGUAUGGUUCAAUUUGGAAAUCUUCGUUCCCUUUUUUGACGUCUAUUGUUUGCCAAUGGAAUGUAAUUAUCAGUGUGGCCAAAGUGUUGUGAGCUUGAAGAGAAAGUCCCCAGAAGAUGAAAAUCGUGUACUCUUCAACACCUUUUCUCUGGAUGACCUUAAUGAAGAUCUCUUUGAAAGGAUACUUUCAUGGCUUCCAACUUCCACAUUCUUUCGCCUAAGUUCUGUGUGCAAAAGAUGGAAAUCGGUUGCUGAUUCUGCCAGUUUCAAGCUUGCCUGCUCUCACAUUCCCUCGAGGGAUCCUUGGUUUUUAAUGGUUGCUCCCAACCUUAAUCAAUCUGUUAUCUUUGAUUCUGCUGAGAGCGCUUGGAAGAGACUAAACCACCCACCUCUUCUGCAAGAGGAAUCUAACCAACACUGCAUGCCGGUUGCAGCCUCUGGCGGCUUGAUUUGCCACCGGAAAUUAUCAGGAAAUUUCAUUGUGAGCAACCCCGUGACAGGAUCUUGUACAGAACUUCCCCCACUUCACGCCCCGCAGCAUCAACCUCUCAAUGCCAUUGUGAUGAGCACAGCUUGCAAAGACCAACUCUCCUUCAAAAUUGUCUUAGUCUUUGGUGAACUUCCAAAUCUCUUGUUCAAAGUCUACGAUUCAAGAUCUGACUGUUGGGAUGAUGAUAUUGCUUUGAGGAGAAAGACAGAAGACAGUUCAAUGGAACAUGAUUCUACUGAUGACAAUGUUGUGUACUUCCUCAGCAAGGCUGGAAUUGUUGUGGCAAGCAACAUGCAGAGAAGCCCCUCUAAGCAAUAUUCAUCAGUUAUUACCAACAAAGAUGGCCAAGACAUAGUGUAUUUUCUUAGCUCCUCAGGGAAAGUGGUAGCAUGCAAUUUAACGUGCAAGUGCUUCUCUGAGUACCCCAGGUUGUUACCUGUUUUUAGUGAGUAUUCCAUUGAUGUUGUAGAGUGCAAUGGGGAGAUGCUAGUUGUUUUGUUAUCAGAAUUCUUGGAGACUGCAACUCUUAGAGUAUGGAAAUAUGACGAGGCUAACAGAGGGUGGCACCAGAUCGCGGCAAUGCCUGCAGCAGAUUCUCAUGAGUGGUAUGGAAAGAAAGCAGACAUCAAUUGUGUUGGAGCUGGAAACCAAAUAUUGAUAUGCUUGAAUUCCCCUGAUCUAUGCACUUAUAUUCUGUGUGAUUUGGAAACCAACAAGUGGGUUCAAUUGCCAAAAUGUUGCAUAAAUGGAGAACUCAUAGACUUUAUGUCUGCCUUUUCAUUCGAGCCUCGAAUAGAGGCUUCUGUAUGACUUCACUAUGAUAAUCACCAUUACUUUUCUGAUCUCUUA